GACAACCAGGAAGUGUUCUGCUACUGUUGACGUUCCUCCGAGUGAUGCCUUUUCUAAAACAACUGGGCGCCACCUUAGGAAAAGCUACAGCCGUUUUCACCGUCUUGGUCGUCAUCGUCGCAGUUGUUCUUAAGUGUUUCGACGAUCCGGAGCCAGUGCACCUCACCAGAAUGGCUGCAGCAGACAUAAAAACUCUGGAGGAAAAUUUCAGACAGCAGAAUAAGAGCUGCUUCGUCCUAGGGGCCUCUGGCGAAACUGGCAGGGUGUUGCUUCAAGAAUUACUGGAGCGCAACAUCUUCUCCAAGAUAACCCUCAUUGGGAGGAGACAGCUCACCUUUGAGGACAAAGCAUAUGAAAACCUGGUUCAAGAAGUGGUGGACUUUGAAAAGCUGGAUGAUUAUGCAGCUGCAUUCCAGGGCCAUGAUGUUGGCUACUGCUGCCUGGGAACAACCAGGGCCAAAGCAGGGGCUGAAGGCUUCAUUCGGGUUGACCAUGACUACGUAUUAAAGUCUGCUGAGCUCGCAAAAGCUGGAGGCUGCACACAAUUUCAUCUGGAGUCUUCGAGAGGAGCAGAUAAAAACAGCGGCUUCCUCUACCUCAAAGUGAAGGGACAAGUGGAAGCAGAUAUACAGGCACUGGAUUUUGACAGAUAUGCCAUUUACAGACCUGGAAUUUUGCUGGUGGACCGGCAAGAGAGUCGCCCUAGCGAGUGGCUGGCCAGGAAGUUCUUUGGAGCCGUCUCUGCAGUUUGCUCUACAUCCAUGUCCAUCCCAAUCCGAACAGUGGCCAAAGCAAUGGUGUCAAAUACUCUGCUUCAACCCGAGCAGAAGGCUGAGAUCCUGGAGAACAAAGCCAUCAGCACUCUGGGAAAGAGUGAUAAGAAGUAACUCUCAGGUGAGAUUAGUUACAUUACGAGUCUCCAACCGGCGACUCAGAUGAAUUCAGUUGUUGACAUGCCGCUCAGGGUCAGCACAUCUUCAUGUCAAAGGAAUGUAACUUUUAAUGUCUUUAUUUAUCUGUGCUGUAACACUGUUGUGUUUUCUGUUUCUGUUUUUUGUUCUGUACUCUUCAUAAAUUGUGAACCACUGCCUUAAACUUUGCAAUUGUUGCAUGCUCUGAAUAAUAUGUAUUUAAUUAUAUGUUGGUUCAAUCCAAAAAAUUGGGUAAAGCCUACUUUUUACUGUUUGAACUUGUGAAUUCAGUAUAAAGCAUCAUGUUAAAGUAACAUUUUGCAUUGCAUUAUUACUCUUGAAUUUCAUGGCACUUUGAAUGAACUUUAUGAAUAAAUAAUGACCUUGUA